GAAAGCCUAACCUGCCAGGGUCAUCAAGGCUGUUGUCAGAAGGGGCCCCCAAACAGAUUCCCAGGUGACAGAAUGCCUGUAUCCCUGGAAGAGCCACCUCUCAGCUUUGGGUGGGUGCGGCAGAAACCCCGUGACCUUGCUGCUGACAUUCCUCAGAAGCCACGUGGCCCCAACUGGCAGGGACAGCUGCAAACAGGGGCUGAACCAGCCCUGUAACCAGGGUGGCGCCCGUUGUCCACCCAGGCCCUGCUCAGCUCCGAGUGUCGCUUUUCCCUCUCAGCGGUCAGUGGGCAACCAGUACUGUGGAUCCAACACCAUGAGGGUCUAGAGGCACCUAGCCAACCACGGUCUUUCCCUGAGUGGCCAGGCUGUGGGAGGAUGGGGCAGGACCAGACAAAGCAACAGAUCGAGAAAGGACUGCAGCUGUACCAGUCCAACCAGACGGAGAAGGCGCUGCAGGUGUGGAUGAAAGUGCUGGAGAAGGGCUCCGACCUCGUGGGCCGCUUCCGCGUGCUAGGAUGCCUGGUCACGGCUCACUCCGAGAUGGGCCGCUACAAAGAGAUGCUGAAGUUUGCUGUGGUCCAGAUUGACACUGCACGGGAGCUGGAGGAUGCCGACUUCCUGCUUGAAAGCUACCUGAACCUGGCACGCAGCAAUGAGAAACUGUGUGAAUUCCACAAGACCAUCUCCUACUGCAAGACCUGCCUCGGCCUGCCUGGCACCCGGGCUGGUGCCCAGCUUGGGGGCCAGGUCAGCCUGAGCAUGGGCAACGCUUUCCUGGGCCUCAGCCUCUUCCAGAAAGCCCUAGAGAGCUUUGAGAAGGCCCUGCGUUAUGCCCACAACAAUGACGACACCAUGCUGGAGUGCCGGGUCUGCUGCAGCCUGGGCAGCUUCUACGCCCAGGUCAAGGAUUAUGAGAAAGCCCUGUUCUUUCCCUGCAAGGCUGCAGAGCUUGUCAACGACUAUGGCAAAGGCUGGAGCCUCAAGUAUCGGGCCAUGAGCCAGUACCACAUGGCUGUGGCCUACCGCCUGCUAGGCCACCUGGGCAGCGCCAUGGAGUGUUGUGAGGAGUCCAUGAAGAUCGCCCUGCAGCAUGGGGACCGACCACUGCAGGCACUCUGUCUGCUCUGCUUUGCUGAUAUUCACCGAAGCCGUGGGGACCUGGAGACAGCCUUCCCUAGGUACGACUCUGCUAUGAGCAUUAUGACGGAGAUUGGAAACCGCCUGGGGCAGGUCCAUGUGCUGCUGGGCGUGGCCAAGUGCUGGAUGGCCAGGAAGGUGUUAGACAAGGCUUUGGAUGCCAUUGAGAAAGCCCAGGACCUGGCUGAAGAGGUUGGAAAUAAGCUGAGCCAGCUCAAGCUGCACUGUCUGAGUGAGAGCAUCUACCGCAGCAAAGGGUUGCAGCGGGAGCUGCGCGCGCACGUAGUGAGGUUCCACGAGUGUGUGGAGGAGACUGAGCUCUACUGCGGCCUGUGUGGUGAGUCCAUCGGGGAGAAGAACAGCCGGCUGCAGGCCCUGCCCUGCUCCCACAUCUUUCACCUCAGAUGUCUGCAGAACAACGGCCCUCGGAGUUGCCCCAACUGCCGCCGCUCCUCCAUGAAGCCAGGCUUUGUGUGACCUCUGGCCAUCUUGGGCUUCCCCACACCUCCCCUGGCGUCUUCUCCAUCAAGCUACCCUGGUGAAAUCCCAGGGUAGCGCCGAAGCCUCCUUUGCCAACUCAGGGCUCGGGUCUGCCUGCUGCUGCUCUGGGCCUAGCUCCCCUCCCCUGCCUCUUUGUACUUCGUUCUUUAUAGAAAAAUAAAAUGUUUGUACCUGG